CUAUCUAUCUCUAUGUUCAGUUGCCAGUAGCUACUGAGGCUAGCCGUCAACCGGAUGACGAUUCGACGAUUAACGUCGAAUGUAUGCUUGUCAUUGGAUGUGAAUUUGCUUCAAAGAUGGUCCUGCAAUAUCCUAGUUAGUGUAGUUUGCUGAGAAAACGGACGGUUGAUAUGACAGUAUUUCCUUCCGACACAGGUAACAAUUGGACCCAGUAGAAGCAAAAGCCACCGCCAUGUAUUCGGAAUGGAGGUCUCUGCACCUGGUGGUGCAGAGCGACCUAGGCCACCUGAGUGUCCUUCACUCGUACCCUCCGGUGGUGGGGCGCGACGUGGCCAAUGCAGUGGUUAGACCUCUGGGGGUGACCCUGGGCACCCUGUCCACCGAUAGCCUGCUCAAGACCGACAAAGAGGUGAAGUGGACAAUGGAGGUGCUGUGCUACGGCCUGACCCUGCCUUUGGACGGGGACACGGUCAAGCUGUGCGUGGACGUCUACACGGACUGGAUAAUGGCGCUGGUCGCUCCGCGCGACUCCAUCCCCCAGCCAAUCGCCAAGGAGCCCAACCUGUACGUGCAGACCAUCCUCAAACACCUCCACAACCUCUUCCUGCCCAGGCCAGAGCAUUACAGCCCCAUGCACUUCCGGCUGUGCCAACAGGUGCUGACGGCGGUGCAAAAGCUGGCCAGGGAAUCGGGCGGCGGCAUGGCCCGGGAGACCUGGGAGGUGCUGCUGCUCUUCCUGCUGCGCAUCAACGACACCCUGCUGGCCCCGCCCACAGUCGGAGGUGGGAUAGCGGAGAAGCUGGCUGAGAAGCUGAUCAGUGUGCUGUUUGAGGUGUGGUUCCUGGCCUGCAUGCGCUGCUUCCCCACACCGCCCUACUGGAAGACGGCCAGGGAGAUGCUGGCCAACUGGAGGCACCACCCGCCCGUGGUGGAGCAGUGGAGCAAGGUCAUCGCCGCCCUCACCUCCAGACUGUUGCGGUUCACCUACGGUCCAUCCUUCCCUCCGUUCAAAGUCCCAGAGGAGGACGCCAACAUGAUCCCUACUGAGAUGGACAACGACUGUGUGGCUCAGACCUGGUUCCGCUUUCUUCACAUGCUGAGUAACCCGGUGGACCUUAGCAACCCGCUGACGGUCAGCUCCACGCCAAAGUUCCAGGAGCAGCUGCUGGGGGUGAGCGGCGUGCCCCAGGAGGUGAUCCAGCAGCAUCCCUGUCUCAAUCAGCUGCCCCAGAUCUUCUUCAGGGCCAUGCGGGGGGUCAGCUGCCUGGUGGAUGCCUUCCUGGAAACACCACUAGUGUUGUCUCCUAGGACCAAUAUACGUGACAAACUUCACCCUCUAGGUGUCUCCCGUCCCCGGUCGGACAGUGCCCCGCCCACCCCUGUCAACAGACUGAGCAUGCCGCCGCCCACCACCAACACCACCACGCCCCCUCACAGCCGUCGCCACAAACCCACAGGGGUCACAAAGACGGCCAGUAAAACCUCAACGGCAAGCAUAACACACCAACCCAAAGUGUCCCACCAGCCGUCCUCCACCUCCCCCCUGUCCAGCCCCAACCAGACCAGCUCGGAGCCCCGGCCGCUGCCUGCCCCCACCAGGCCCAAGGUCAACAGUGUCCUCAACCUUUUUGGCCAGUGGCUUUUUGACGCCGCGCUGGUGCACUGCAAGCUCCACGCAGGCCUGAGCCGGGACAACAGCAUGACUGCCCUGGCCACUCAGACAGGUGUGGAGCUGAGGAGGAAGGGCUCCCAGAUGUCCACAGAUACCAUGGUGUCCAAUCCCAUGUUCGAUGCCAACGAGUUCCCCGAUAACUACGAGUCGGGCCGGGCCGAGGCCUGUGGAACCCUCUGUAGGAUCUUCUGCAGCAAGAAGACUGGCGAGGAGAUACUGCCCGUUUAUCUGUCCAGGUUCUACAUGGUUCUGAUCCAGGGCCUCCAGAUCUCCGACUACAUCUGCCGACCUGUGCUGGCCAGCAUCAUCCUCAACUCCUCAGCCCUCUUCUGCUCCGAUAUUAAGGGCAUCAAUGUGGUGGUCCCCUACUUCAUCUCAGCCCUGGAGAACGUCCUCCCUGACCGAGAGCUGUCAAAGUUUAAGACAUACGUGAACCCCACUGACCUGAGGAGAGCCUCCAUUAACAUCCUGUUGUCCAUGCUGCCUCUGCCACACCACUUUGGCAAGGUCAAGUCAGAGGUGCUCUUGGAGGGCAAGUUUAGCAAUGAUGACAACUCGCUGCACGACAAGGCCGUCACCUUCCUCUCCUUCAAGCUGCGAUUGGUCAACAUCCUAAUAGGAGCGCUACAGACGGAGACGGACCCCACCAAUACGCAGAUGAUCCUGGGUGCCAUGCUCAACAUUGUCCAAGACUCUGCUCUCCUGGAGUCCAUCGGUGCCCAAGCGGAGGUGGGCAGUGUGGAUGGCAGCCAUGCGCUGGCUAAAAGCCACAGCAGGAACAACAGUGGCAUCAGCAACGCCAGCGGGGGCAGCUCUGAGGCCACCACCCCCGACAGCGAGAGGCCCGCCCAGGCCCUCCUCAGAGACUACGCUCUCCACACAGAUACAGCCGCCGGCCUACUGAUCCGCAGCAUCCACCUGGUCACCCAGAGGCUCAACUCCCAGUGGAGGCCCGACAUGAGCAUCUCCCUGGCCGCCCUAGAGCUGCUGGCCGGCCUAGCCAAGGUGAGGGCGAGUGUGGAGUCUGCGGACCGUAAACGUGCAGUCAGCUCUGUGUGCAGUUAUAUCGUGUAUCAGUGCAGCCGGCCGGCCCCCCUCCACUCCCGAGACCUGCACUCUAUGAUCGUGGCGGCCUUCCAGUGCCUGUGUGUGUGGCUGACAGAGCACCCCGACAUGCUCAACGAAAAGGACUGUUUGAUAGAGGUGCUGGAGAUCGUGGAGCUGGGAAUAUCAGGCAGCAAGUCUAAGACCAGUGACCAGGAAGUGCGGUACAAAGGGGACAAGGAGCACAAUCCGGCCUCCAUGAGGGUGAAGGAUGCUGCCGAGGCCACCCUGUCAUGCAUAAUGCAGGUCCUGGGGGCGUUCCCGUCGCCCAGUGGCCCCGCCUCCCCCUGCAGCCUGCUGAACGAGGACACCCUAAUCAAGUACUCCAGGCUGACCUCUACCAGCCGCAAGAACUUCCGCUACUUCGUCCUAGACAACUCUGUCAUCCUGGCCAUGCUGGAGCAGCCGCUGGGCAACGAACAGACAGAUCCCUGUCCAUCCGUGACCAUGCUGAUCAGGGGAAUGUCUGGGAGACACGCCUGGACCAUGCAGCUCUUCCACCAACCCAGGGGGGCCCGUGCCAGCCAGAAGCAGGUGUUUAUCCCAGAGAGUCGGCCCACUCCCAAAAAUGAUGUGGGGAUCCGGUUAAACGUCAAACACAGACCCUUCCCGGAAGAAGUGGACAAAAUUCCAUUUGUGAAAGCAGACCUGAGCAUUCCGGACCUACACGAUAUCGUAGAUAAGGAGCUGGAGAUGCAGCACGACAAGCUGCGAGGUGUGAUGGCCAAGCAGAUCGAGUACGAGACGACGCUGGAGCACGGCAGCGAGGAGCGCUGGGGCAGCAAGAGCUUCCCAGACGUGCUGACGGACUGCAAGCCUCCGUCUCCCUCGCAGGAGUUCCAGACGGCCCGCCUCUUCCUGUCGCACUUUGGCUUCCUGUCGCUGGAGGCACUCAAGGAGCCCGGCAACAGUCGACUACCUCCCCACCUGAUUGCACUGGACUCUGGGUUGCCGGGCUUCUUUGACGACAUGAGCUACCUGGACCUGCUGCCCUGCCGGCCCUGUGACACAGUCUUCCUCUUCUACAUGAAGGCCGGCCAGAAGAGCAGCCAGGAGAUCCUGAGAAAUGUGGAGUCGAGCGCCAACGUGCAGCAUCACUUCCUGGAGUUCCUGAUGUCGCUGGGCUGGCCCGUGGAGGUGGGGCAACACCCGGGCUGGACGGGCAGCGUCUACACUAGCUGGUCCAUCAACAACCACAACAACAACAAUAACGGAGACAGCAUCCCACCAGAUGAUACUAUCACCCUGGGAGACACGGGCGGGGGCGUGUUCAAUGGAGAGAAGCGGGUGCUGUACUACGCCGACGCCCUGACCGAGAUCGCCUUUGUCGUUCCCUCGCUCACAGACUCCUCCGCUGAGUCGUCGGAGAACAGUUUCCCCACAGUGGAUUCUGACUCUCAGAUGGAACUGCUACCCAACCUGCUGAAACAGUCCAACCUCACACUGGAGCUCUUCCCCAACCACUCUGACAACGUGGCCCCCGCACAGAGGAGUCCUACGGUGAAGUCUAAGAAGAUGCCUCCCGGCAGGACCAUCCCUCCAAUGGGACCAGAGACCAAAGUACUGGUGGUCUGGGUGGAGCGCUACGAUGAUAUCGAGAACUUUCCCCUGGCUGACCUGCUGGUAGAGACGAGCACUGGAGUGGAAACCACGGCCAACAGUAGCACCUCAACAAGACCCACGACGUCCGGUCAGGAUGUGCAGGUGAUCUUCAUCCACCCUCUGAAGACGGGCCUGUUCCGGAUCCGCCUGCAUGGGGCCCUGGGAAAGUUCAGCAUGGUCGUCCCCCUGGUGGACGGCAUGGUAGUCAGCAGGAGGUCACUAGGGUUCCUGGUAAGGCAGACAGUGAUCAACGCGUGCCGGCGGAAGCGGCUGGAGAGUGACUCGUACAACCCGCCACACGUGCGUCGGAAACAGAAGAUCGCUGAGGUGGUGAACCGCUACCGCAAUAAGCAGCUGGAGCCCGAGUUCUAUACCGCGCUCUUCCAGGAGGUCGGCGUGAGCAGCCUCGACCGUGACCCCACCCCCGAUGAACUUUGAAGUUUCACCUCCCUCCCCACAAGGACUGCAAAGAUUCUUUAUAUUUAUAAAUUGUUUCUCUUCUUCUUUACUUUGUUAUUUAUAUUAUCAGCACUGGGUGGCCACGUUCCAAGUCGACAAUUUUGUUUUUUCCCACCCCGCGCUGCAACACUGCUCAUCUGCAACUUACUCUAGUUCUACCCAAGCCUUGUAGGACUCUUUGAUGGAGUCUGGUUGUGGCACUAACCUCACCUGGCUGCGAGGCGUCAGGCUUGUGCAAAGGAAGCACCUUUAGCUGUGAGGAGAGGGUAUAUGCUUAAACAACUGACUAUUAACUUGUGACACGGCACGUGGCAAAGUGAUUGCUGUCGGCGCUCAAUUCAAAAUGGCUUCCACUCUGUGGCUGUGACUAGUUCCCACAGCCGUCUCACUGUGGUUUUUCAAGUCCGAUUCUUCUGUUUGCUUUUCUAUGAAAUGCAUCAGUCUGUCCAUUUCCCAUAUCUAACAGUUUUUUUGUUUAUUUGUUGUUGGUCUGGAAUGGAAAAGAGAGGUCGAAACAUCCUACUUUUUCAUUGACUAAACAACGACACUACAAAAACUAAUAUUGACAAAACUCAAAUCUCACUUCAGUAAAUUGUAAUUUUUUGACUUUUGGUUUUCUCUUCCCACAUACAUAAUUGUACCAGUUAGCGAAAAUGUAGAAUUCUGCUUUUACUUUAAAUCUCAGGUAGUUUGAGCCUUUUAUAUUCAUCGGUAUCUGGGUUGUUUUCUUUAGGCACGAAAAGGAAAAAAAUAUAUACUUAAAUAGGGAGAGAGUAGCGGAACAAGUGUGUUUCCCAUUGCAAAGCAUUUAGCUAGUGUGCCCUAAUGAAUGCGACCCUGGUAAUGUACUCAAUGCACUCCCAACCAACUGUGACUAUAGUCUGCUUUCAAUAAUGGACUCUUUUGGCAUAGAGAAAAUACGUCACUGCCUACGCCACUACUUUAUCCGCUUGAAUAAAAUACAAAAUAGUAGCUAGCAAGAUGAAGAUCACGGAGGUCAUUUUUAAUGAGUGCAUUUCGCAAGUGGCUAGUUUGCGUCAACUACCUUAAUUGAAACCCCUGCCUGCCAACUGAUUUUGAAUUGCAACGUUCUGGCAUGUCUGCCUCGUCAUUUUUUGGGAGAGUCCCCGGAUAUUUGUUUAUUUGCGUUCAUUUGUGUUUAUUUUCUUAUCGACGUAAGCAGUGACGUACAGUAGUUCCUCUACGCCUAAAUAUUCCAUCAUUAAAAUCAGACCCCAGUCACUGUGUCGCCGAGGGUCGGCUUUUCGAGACUAACAAACUGACCUUGUUUUAGGCAUUAUUCACUUUUAGUGCACUCGAAAACGUGUGGCAUUUCACAUUCACUGAAGCUGAUGGUAGUCUCGAUAUGGAACUUCAGGAAGUCAAAAUCACUGAUGGAUUCUACUUUUUUUGGUAUAGAAUCCUUUAUUGGUUUGUUUCUUCCCGUAUCAGAUAAAAAUGCAAAAUAUGUAUAAAAUACAUUUUGAUUAUUGAUAUAAAAGGUGAGUUUCAGUUGAUUGUUUGUUAUUCACAGUUGGAAAAAGUUAUCAUGUUGGAUGAUUAAAAAAAAAAAAAUUGUCACGA